AUGUCCUCACACCCGCAAGCGGCACCGCUUAUUCAAAAAAUGCGAAAAUCUUCAUUGAGAAUCGCCAAGGCUCGAUCGAUUUUUCGUCUGAAAAGCAAAUUAGCAAGGAAUUGUUUGUCCGAGUUUUUGGGAACAGCAAUGCUCUUGUUCCUUGGUCUCUCGGUGAGUAUGCAAUUCAUCUUAUCGAAUGGGGUGAUCAGUUCGUGGUUUCAUGUCAAUUUCGGCUGGGGUCUCGCGUUGACUUUCUCAGCUCUAGCAACGUAUCAGACAUCGGGCGGUCACCUCAACCCAGCGAUCUCUUUAUUGAUGGUGACUCUUGAAAAGUUACCCCAUUCUCAUCUACUUCCAUUCAUUAUCGCUCAGCUUUCCGGAGCAAUUGUGGGAUCAAUUGGGCCUUAUUACUUGUAUCAAGAUCAAUUCAAACACUUCACUUCACUCAAAACCCUCGCAUUCCCUGGCUUAGCUGCUUGUUUCACGUCUUUCCCCGAGCUUCACGUCAGCAAUGGUACCGCUUUCUUUGAUCAGAUUGCCGGAACUGGUGUACUUGCUUUUUGUAUCUGUUUGUGCAUCGAUCGAAGGAAUAAGGUGCCCGUCUUUUUGCAGCCACUCUUCUUUGGGCUUGUUUUGACGAUGAUUGGCUGUUCCCUUUCCCUCAACGUUGGCUAUCCGCUGAAUCCAGCGAGAGAUCUCGGGCCUCGUCUCUUUGCCGCUUAUCUUUAUGGAAUCGAAGUGUUCAGUUAUCACGAUUGGUAUUUCUGGAUUCCCUUGGUUGCUCCUUGUAUCGGCGCCAUUGUCGGAGGAUGGGCUUAUCAGAUUUUUAUCGGCAUUCAAAUCGAUGAUGAUCACGAGGAGUACGAGUUGAAAGUUUCAAAU